GAGUUGAAUUGACUUGACAUGGCGGACAAUCACUACGCUUACAUAAGACACGUUUUCCGGACGGUGUAAACCGCAUUUCGGAAACGGUUUUUUGCUAUCGUCUUUGCAUGUUAAGGCCUGAAGCGGAUUUGCCAGCACAGUUCAAUAUGGCGCCUGGAAAACAACUGUUAAAGUUUAUGAUUUAGGCAGCACAGUCGCUGUUGCCCUUCAAUUAGAUGAGGUGUAAACUGUUCAAAACCGAAGCGAUAUUGGGAACUCCGUUUCUGGAAUCCGGUUUUGGGAGCUCCGUGUUAACGGGUUGUGUGUGAGUACAUUUUGACGUGAUAGACAUUGAAAAGUGGUCUUUGCUUGACCUGUUUUUAAAUUUUCUGGGAUAUACGAGCUGGCAGCGAACAACUGCUGUCAUAUGCCACGCUUCUUUCAAUUUAAGUGUUGAGGAGAUAGCGCCUUGAAGUUUAGAUAUAGGAAUUAUAUUCGCACUUUUUACGCUGGGGAAUUACGAAAGAAGAGAAUCGUUGUCUUCCAAUAUCUAUGGAGGCAAAGAUUAUACAAGCCAUCUGUGGCGGUAGAAAUUACUGAUUACUUGUCAAGGGGCGUAAUAUGGAAGUGGAAAUAUUUUCCGUGUAGUGUGUUGUGUGUAUUAAUGCUGUCACGAUAAUUCCUGGUUACAUAAUCAACAAUGCUUGUGCUUGUUCUCGGAGAUUUGCACAUUCCUCACAGAUGUAGCAGCCUGCCAUCAAAGUUUAAAAAACUUCUGGUACCUGGCAGAAUACAGCAUAUACUUUGCACCGGAAACUUGUGCACGAAGGAAUCAUAUGACUACUUAAAAACCCUCGCAAGUGAUGUGCAUGUUGUCAGAGGGGAUUUUGAUGAGAAUUUGAACUACCCAGAGCAAAAGGUUGUCACAGUUGGCCAGUUCCGUAUUGGAUUGUCCCACGGCCACCAAGUUGUACCAUGGGGAGAUCCAGAAUCCUUAGCACUAAUACAACGACAGUUAGAUGUGGACAUUCUUAUAUCGGGGCAUACUCAUAAGUUUGAAGCAUAUGAACAUGAAAACAAGUUUUAUAUUAAUCCAGGUUCUGCAACAGGAGCUUAUAACCCUCUUGACACAUCAAUUAUUCCUUCCUUCGUUCUUAUGGACAUACAGAGUUCAACAGUGGUUACAUAUGUGUACCAACUUGUUGGAGAUGAAGUUAAGGUAGAGAGAAUUGAAUACAAGAAGAGCUAGAGACAAUAGUUUGUGCAAAUAGAGAACUACAUUCUGAAAAGAAUUGUUUCUUUGGAAACAAUUUACUUGUUCGAGUCUGUGGUCGCUGCACCUAUAAGGAAGACAUUUUAUACCUGUCAAUAUUCUUGUCCAGAUAUUAAAGCUGUAUACUUUAUAUGAAAGUAUGUAACAAGGAGUAUGGUAACAACUGAUAACUCUUGUGUGUUACAUGUCUGUGACUGAUACUUCAUUCCGGAUGUUCACUACAAGCAUUUGUCAAGGAAGACUUGGGCAUUCAGUUUGGAAUAAGUUCUGAACCAGUUAAUCUGGAAGAGGACUGUACCAGUAGCAUGGAUUAAAUUAUGUAAAUACAAUAAAUUCUGAACAUUUGUGCAUUUAUUGCUGGAGUGAUGACAGUGUAAUGGAUGUUUCAGAUAUUUUUGACAUAAGUUAAUGAGGACACACACAGUUACUAUCAAGAACAGAUACAGUCUAUAAUUGUUUCAAACUCCAGUCCAGGUUAAACAUACAUGUAUUUAUAAGUAAAAAAACUAGAAUAAGUCAUUUUCAGUAUUUAUUACUGAUUUUGGGUCUCUAGUUUUAACACAUGUCUUAGCUCAUUUCACUGUAAUUGUGGUUUAGAUAACCUAAAACAUAUCAGAUAAGUUAUCAUUUGUCUGUAACAUGAGUUGUACUGAUACUAUCAGGAAAAUUGGUCACUGUUUCCAAAAUGGUAUUUGCGAGGAUAAACACAAAGGACUGAUUUAAGCAUUGGAACAAAUGUUUCUACUGCUAGGACAAACGGUUUCUUUGGCUGCUGGAGUAUAAUGGAUACAGAUACUCACUUGGAGCUAUUUCUUGUUUCAUCACCGCCGCCAACACAACCACUACUACUACUAC